AUGGAUGAGAUGGACUCCAUAAACACCUACUCCAAGAACAAGCUAAGAAGCGACUGUAGGCUGCAGCCUGAGGACUGCAGGCAGGAGGACUACAGGUGUGAGGACUACAGGUGUGAGGACUGCAGGGGGGAGGACUGCAGGGGGGAGGACUGGAGGCGGAAGCACGGCAGGUGUGUGAACUGCGAGGGUGAGGACUGCGGACUUGUGGACUCUGGGCCCGUGGACUACAAGUAUGAGGACUGCGGGCCUGUGGACUGCAGGCGUGAUGACUGCAGGCCUGUGGACUGCAGAUCCGGACCCACGUGGAAGCUACUCCCUGCCACGGGCACGGCCCCAGAAGAACCAUACGGACUUUUGACUGGUGUUGAAUACAUUGUUGGAAGGAAAAACUGUAGAAUUCUAAUUGACAAUGAUCAGUCAAUCAGUCGAAAUCAUGCUGUGUUAACUGCUAACUUUUCUGUAACCAACUCAAGUCAGGCAGAUGAAAUCCGUAUACUGACAAUAAAAAAUACUUCUAAGUAUGGCACCUUUGUUAAUGACGAAAAAGUACAGACAUGUGUUUCCCAAACCUUGAAGACGGGGGAUAGAGUUACCUUUGGAGUUUUUGGAAGUAAAUUCAGAGUCGAGCAUGAGCCUUUGGUUGCAGGCUCUUCUUGUUUAGAUGCCUCUGGGAAAGCUGCUUUAAAUCAAACUAUUUUUCAACUUGGAGGACUUUCUGUAAACAGUUGGACAGAAGAACGUACUCACCUUGUCAUGACAUCAGUUAAAGUUACCAUUAAAACAAUAUGGGCACUCAUUUGUGGAUGUCCAAUUGUAAAGCCAGAAUAUUUUACUGAAUUUCUCCAAGCAGUUCAGUCCAGUAAACAGCCUCCACAAAUUGAAAGCUUUUACCCACCUAUUGAUGAACCAGCUAUUGGAAAUAAAAAUAUGGAUCUAUCAGAGCGACAGGAAAGAAAACAAAUCUUCAAAGGGAAAACAUUUGUAUUUCUAAAUGCCAAACAGCAUAAGAAGUUAAGUUCAGCAAUUGUUUUUGGAGGUGGGCAAACUAGGUUGGUAACAGAAGAAAAUGAAGAAGAUGAUGAUUUCUUUUUAGCUCCUGGAAACUGUGUUGCUGAUGUAGGGAUAACAAAUUCACAGACUUUAAUUUCUGACUCUCAGAAAAACUGUAUUCAUUCAAUUAUGGAUUUGCUCAAGAGGCAGGGUCUUAGACUUAUUCCUGAAUCAGAAAUUGGAUUGGCAGUUAUUUUCAUGAUUAUGGAGAAUUACUGUGAUCCUUGGGGCCAGCCCAGUACAGGAUUAAAGCCAACGACUCCAGGGCCAAGCCUUUCCCAAGGCUUGUCAUUCAGUGAAAAGCUAAUGCCAACUGUCCCACUGAAUACCACAACAUAUGUACCUGACACAGAAUCAGAGCAAGCCAACACAUGUAUGGAUUUCGGUGGAAGUCCAAAAGCAAUCAAAAUCUCCAAAAUGGAACAAAAAUUCAGAAUGCUUUCACCAGAAACAUCCGCUGUAAAGGAACCUCCUAAAACAAGCUGUAAUAAUGAUAAUAUAGUCUCAAAUACUCUCGUGAAGGUGAAAGUCCCAGACUGUCAGCUUUCACCAACUAGAUUCACAGGUAUAAGUAAAGGUAGAGAUGGGGUUUCUCAGCAGCAACAGGCCAACUCCAUCAAAAACUACUUUCAGCCAUCGACCAAAAAAAGGGGGAGGGAUGAAGAAAAUCAAGAAAUGUCUUCAUCCAAAUCAGCCAGAAUAGAAAUGUCUUGUUCUCUUUUGGAGCAAACACAACCGGCUACACUGUCAACAUAGAGACACGAGGAACAGCAUCCGUUUCAGAACGAGCCUGUGGACAAAAAGCCAGACCAUGUAUUUACAGAUACAGAUUUAAAAUCAAAUGUGAAAAACCCCACCAACACAUCUUCCUCCAGAAAAGCUAACGUCCAAAAAAAGAAAAGAAAUUGAUGACUUGGCCAUAGAAGAUGAAGUAUUAGAACAGUUACUCAAGAACACAAAACCAGAGUUGGAAAUUGAAAUGAAAGUUAAAAAACAAGAGGAAGAUACCAAUAUUAGAAAAAAACCAAUGUUGCUUAUAGAAUCAAAUGGCAUUUUUAAUGAUGAGGCAGUAUCAGAAAGUAACAAAAUAUCUCAAGAAAAUGAAAUUGGAAAGAAAUGUGAGAAGAAUCACUAUUGUCAACUAAAGAAGAACUCUCUAACAAUGACGAACUUCAGGAUGAUGGUGAGAAGCUUCCAAGAAAGGUGAUACUGACUGAAUUUAGAUCACUGGUGGUUAGUAACUCUGCCUCCAGAAAUCCAUUCCUUGUAGAUAAUGAUUAUGGUCAACUAAAGAAUUUCAAGAAAUUCAAAAAGGUCACAUUCCCUGGAGCAGGAAAACUUCCACACAUCAUUGGAGGAUCAAAUCUGAUAGGUCAUCGUGCUCAGAAGAACAGAGAAUUAGAAGAGUGGUUAAGGCAGGAAAUGGAGGUGCAAAAUCAACACGCGAAAGAAGAGUCUCUUGCUGAUGAUCUCUUUAGAUACAAUCCUAAUGUAGAAAGGAGAAGAUAACAAUUUUUAAGAAGCCACAGAAAAGCCUUUCCUAGCAAG